AUGAGUAUGUAAUGAAAAGAAUUUAGAUGGUUAUCUACUAUUUUUGUGUCACAGUAUCAGAAUUUUGAAAAUUGCAAAGCCAGCCUAAUUUUUUAAUAGAUAGUUCUUUUUUUACUAAUUUUUGUAGACUAUUUUUGAAGAGGUCCUAAAAAAUACUUCAUCAAUAAAGUCUGAAUGCCAUGAGAGCUGAAAAUCCAGGUAUAUAAUGAAGUAUCUUUCUGUGGGUUUCUACACCUAUUGUACAAAUUUAUGCUUUAAGUACUUGAAACAACUUAAAAUGUCUCACUAGCACAUGCAUUGUUAAUAUAUUGAAUUAUGUGUAUGUGUAGAAAGGAGACUCCCCAACUAUAUUCAUUAUCUUCCUUCAUUGUCUGUUAUUCAUAUCAAGUAUCUACUGUAUUUUAGUUUUCAUUGUUAUCUUUUUCCAUGUCCCAGAAGAAUCAUGGAUAUCAUUCUAAAUGCUCAGUAAUACUUCAAUUAUGCCAGAGUUUUUAUAUUUAAACAUGAAAGCACAUUUCAAGUGUGGGGAAGAUACAAAGGUUUUAGACUGACUUACUCUAUUUUACUGUAAGCUAUAACUUGAUAAAAUUUAUUGAGGCUUAUGUAAUAUUCACACAGUGCUAAGGCAUGGCAAAAAAGAGCUGAUUAUUGAAGAUUGAAAUCUUGGGGUUGUUUAGCAGUACUUAAUUGAAUAGGUACUAAUUUGUACUGUUCUAAGAUGGUGCAGCUUUUCUUGUGAUACCUUUUUAAUUAUUGGUGCAUGUGCAAAUCAUGCUGAUCAAUUGGCCUACAGUUUGAAAAGGACAUUUAGGAAAGGGAAGCUUUGCAAUUUGUGUAUCAAACAUUUGUAAAUCGCUUCAUCUGUGCAGCUGUAUUUUAAGGUAAGUACAGUGACACGGUAGGUGAAAACCCACUGGAAUUACUGUCAGUGUAACGCUUCUCUGUUUCAUGGUGUAAUCAUUUUAUGAGGAUAUGACAGUCACGGAUCAUGGACAGACACAUCUCAGAAGCUGAUUUUGCACUAUAUAGGUAAAAAAAUAUGUGAGACACAUGUUACAGAUACUGAAUUUCUCAUGCCCUCAAAACCAAGGAAAAUUAGUUAUUUGGUAAAAAUGUGCAAGAAAUGUAAGAACUUUCUGCUUAGCUAGGCAGGGGAACUGAAAAUUCUUACUGUCUGUACUUUCUGCUGCUGAUGAUAAUGUAACUAGAAUGAAGGUUUCUCACUGUCCACUUUUAAAAUAAUUUCUAGUUCAUCAUAUUUCAUGAAAUAAUGAUAAGGUCAGGUUGGGUUUUUUUAAAAUUUAACUAACGCAUAGAGCCAUAAUACUAUAAAUAAAAAUCCUAAGUUUCUCCUGCAUACUUGAAACUAGUGGGAUGUUUGGUAAGUAAAUUUAAGACUUAACUUUUCUAAGCAUGACAUUUAAAUGAAAAUUAAUUUGUAGUAUAUACAUAAAUUGAUUCAUUCUCAAGGCAUCAAUAUAGCAGACCACUUAGCAUCAGCUGUAUAGGAAAAAGUGGUUCUAGUUUUACUGCUUCGUCUAAGCUGCUGUUUCCUGGUUUAUUGGUUUACAUCCCAAAUUACCAAAAGUUUUCAUCAGAAUUCUUUGGGUGAUUUAGUUUUCUUAUUUUAAUUUUGUAUAGAUAAGAAAAAAUUUACCAGCCCAAGACCAAACCCUAAAAAACCGGUGUGCUGGUUUUUGGUGGGAUAAAGUUAGUUGUCUUCAGAAUAGCUGGUCUGGGACUGUGUUUUAGAUUUGCCCUGGAAACAGUAUUGAUAACACAGGGGUGUUUUUGUUACCGCUGAGCCGUGCUUACACAGCAUCAAGGCCUUUCUGCUCCUAACAGAGAAUUGGGAGGGGACAAAGCUGGGGCAGCUGACCCCAGCUGACCAAAGGGAGAUCCCAGACUUUAAGGCAUCACAGCUGUAAUUUUAGAGUGCAUGACAAGAUGAUUGGUACUGUAUUUGCAGUGCAUAACAUUGGCAUUGGUUCCCAUCAUGUUCUCUUCAAAGGACUAAAUGUGGCCAGAACUUGAAACUGGUUCUCUGAGCCUUCAUGGAGGAAAGGCUGGUGAAACUGCAGGGUUCUUUCUCUGUAUUGAUCAAGGCAGGUGAUUCCACCCACAAGGAGAGUGGUAGAGCCAGCAAAAGACUAUAGUGGAAAUACAAGGGCAUCAUCUGGAGCAAAGUCUCUCUUUCUGGAGAGAUGGAAGGCAUGUUGCUGACUAUGGAGUGUAUUGUGAACAGAAUUCAACAUGGUGUGGACAUUGCCAUGGAGUCAAUUUUAAGCAAGAACCCUCAAUACCUGUUAAUAAAAGCAAAGCAGAAGAAAAAGAGAAAAAGAAACAAAACAAUGAAAAGUAAUCGUACAGAAAUGACGAAGAAAAUGUUAUGUGGAGUAGCUCAUCAUCCAAUUCCAGGUGACCAUGAUGGAUCAGAAAGUGAAGAGGAUGACAUGGAAGAAGAAAACAAAAAAUCAUUGUGUACAUUCAGCAAAGGCCUGGAGGAUCCAGUAACAGUUUGUGAAGAGCAGCCUAAGAGUAGUGAUGAAAGCCUGAAAGAAGCUGCAGGGGUUUCAAGAGAGAGUUUUCUGGUCACUGUGCCUGAGGUCUCAGUGAUGUCAAAUAGUGCAUGGAAAAAUGAAUUGCCUGUAGAAGGUGACAGUUUGCUUUCAAGAGAUGUAAAACCUUUUAGUGCUGAAAACCUAACCAAAAAUGCCUUAGAUGAUAAGGAAGCGAAGCAAAGGCACAAAGACAAUCUUUGCAGUUUCCUAACAAUAAGCAAUGAUAAAAAUUCCAUCCAAGAAACAGAAGGCAUUUCUGAAGACUGUGAUAUGUCAUUGUUAAGCACAGAAAACAAACUGAGAUUGUGUCAAAUUAUAUGUGAACCUGACUUGGAAGCCAAGCUGGUACAUUUAAAGAGUGAAGAAAAAGAAAUCUCUCACUGUUGCAGUUCAAGUGUACUUGAUAAUGUGCCUGAUAACACAGAGGGCAAAUGUCCAUUAACAGCAGAAGAAACUAGCUCCAAUGCCUGGGCUUUUUUUUCAAUUAAUUUAUCUGCUGAGGAGUUGCAGAUAGGCUUCAAUACUCCAGUUUCUCUCUCUCCUUGCUCCGAGAAUAAAUGUGUAAGUGAACAAAGAUCUCAAAAAUUGAGGAAACCUGAACAGACUCAUACGAACAGUUCAGCAGAGCUAAACUGCUAUCAGUCAAAUGAGGGAUUGGUAAAGGAAAACCAUAAUGAAACAGAAACUGAGGAAGUUGGCAAUGCAAUAAGCAAUGGUCUGUCUGGAUCUCCAACUGGUAAAGUGCACUUUGAUUCCCUAGUGGAAGCCAGGGCUGCCUUCAUGCCGGGUUCAAGUGAAGUAAAUGUGCCAAUAAAUGAUGCUACACCAAUGACACUGAAGAGGAAGAGAUACAGGAGAAUUGUCAACUUAGCACCAAAGUUUAACCUACCAAGACAGAUCUUUGCUCAUACACAGGAAGGGAAGGACAUCCUGGUAAGAGAAGAUAUUCCCCAAAAUAGUGUUUUAGAAGUGAGGCAAAAAUACUUUCUAAGCAAGAACUGUGGAGAAGGACAUGAACAGGACCAUGCAUUGCAGGAAUAUUCCUCACUCACUCCAGAUGCAGAUGCUCUGUUACGUAAUACUACUUACAUUCAUUCAGGACAAUGUUCUCCUACAUCAAAAUAUGCCUGCAGGGUUUGUGUUGAUUCCAAAACAAAGGAGGAGCAAGCUACAACUCUUCAGCCACAACAGGUAGUUAAUAAAAAAGAGGACAAGGGUGAACAUGUUUCUUCAGAGGUUACAAAUGGCCAACCAGAUAAUUUGUCUUCUGUUGAAGUUGUUUCUGAAUAUCUAGAAGACUCUACUACAAUGGCAAGCUGCAGUGAAAAUGCAAAUGAAGCAGACGACUCUGAGCCAGCAAAGGCAUCACAGCUUGAAGAUUAUCAAGAUGCAGAUGUGAAAUGCAGUUUUCUGGGACUUCCCUUAUCAUUGGGAUUUGCUUUUCAACUUGUGCAGCUCUUUGGUUCUCCAGGUCUUCCAUUGGAAUCCUUGUUGCCAGAUGAUUAUAUAGUUCCCCUUGACUGGAAAGUUUCAAAGAUGAUCUAUUUACUGUGGAAGACCUCUGUGGAGGAAAAACAGAAACCAAAUGGAUUGCAGAAUGAAGAUGGCUUGACUGAUGAUAUUAUUGAUCUGGAAGAUCUAAAUAAAAAUCUCCAAGAGAAUCAAGACUCUUCUGAAACACUAUCAGACAUGGAGCUAUGUCAAGAUGUGAUAGAGGAAAACAUCAUAACCUGCACUGGCUGUCUGGAUACUGCAUUUCAUCAGUCAUGAGUGACUGUCUUAAAUUUUGCAUGAACAAACAGAAACUUCUCGCUUUAAUUCCACCAUGGAAGGACUUCAGUUGGCCACCAAGGAUUUUAAAUGUGAGGGAUAAGCUGGAAGAAAGAAAUCACAGUAGAAUUUUUGGUAUACAUCUUUGGUCACCUCCCCCCAACACUGCCCGCAGUAUCAACCUCUCUGACCGCGUAAUAAUCAUCAAAAUUGAGAUAACUUUGUGUAUGACAAAAGAUCAUUUUCUGAAGCCAUUUGGGAUUUACACUUUGUCAGUACAUCCUCAAGUGUGCUGAAGAGAUUCAGAGUGGAGACCAGAGGCAUCUGUCUCUAUGGGAUGUGAGCUUCAGGUUGUGGUAUUUCAUUCACUUGUAUCAGGAUCUGGAUAUUGCCACAGGAACAGGCAGUGAUGCUCACCUGUAGGGAAUGGUGCUUGUUACAUGUCAUAGCUGCCUCCUCCUGCCUUCACCCUCAGUCAUAAUUGCACCCAGUCCCUUUAUAACUUCAUAUGGUAAACAUCUUCAUCUGUCAUUCCUAUUCACUCAAACAGGGGUGCACAACUUCCUUUCUUUUCUUCUGAAACCAGGCUUUAGGCUUCCCCUCAGCUAAACUCAUUUGGGAAUUUGGGACUACAGAAACAAGAACAUUUCACUAUGGAACUGAUUCAAACACGCUGAAGAAAGGGUGUGUAUGGUUUGUGGUAGACUGAGAAGAUGUAUGACUAGCACUGGUAACUACUGAUUUGAUGUUUCUGUUAGUGGUGUUGGAAAUAUUUAUGUAUGUAGAGAAAAACCAAUCAUAAUUAAUUAUAAAGAGCAACCUCUAUCAAUUAUGAGGCAUGCAUAAAGCUGGACACUUCCUUGCAGGGAGAGGGAGUGACAGCUGUCACCUCAUUUAACAAUAAAAGUGUGAGAAAUAUUGAGGAGAAGCAAGAAACUUGGUUGUGUCUACUUGUCAGAAAUAAUAUUUCCCACUUGUGCAGCUUGCAGAUCCAGAAUAUUUCUCCAUUUAUUCUUUGAUCUCCUCUUCCUCACCUUUCCCUGCAUUUGUUUAUGCAUCAGCUGAAGAGCCAGGACUUCACUGAACUCGUGCUGAAGCUCCACCAUGGUCAAAUUUGCUGAUGUGUCUCCACUUUCUACUUAAAUGCUGCAUCUUCAUGGAAGCAGUUAACAAUGUAUGUAUUUCUAAAUUAAUGUUGUACCACUGGCAAAAUUUUCUGGCUGCACUGUUUGAAGACACACACGUGGAUGUGUGUGUGUCUUCCUUGGCUGGAAAUGUCCUGCUCUCCUACCAGCAGAACAUUAUACAAAAGGGGAGGAGGAAGGGAGUUCAUACCCCCCAUAACCAAGCUUCAGACUUCUGUGUUGUACUAGUGGCAGCAGACAAGUUAGUUUGAUUUCAGGAAAAUGUCACUCAAGGAUUGAUACUGUCUUCUUACUUCUAUUUAUUGAGCGAGAAGUCUGAAUGCCUCUAUUUUCUGUUACUGAACCCUGGCCUUCUAGAAUGCUUGAAAUAAAAAUAGUUUUCAAAAUCUCA